GCAUCAUCCGGGACAUGUCGUCUGAAGAACAUGGAUUGGCGGGGUACAACUCCAGCUCUUCGGAAGACGGUGAAAAUACUCGAAAUAAUUCUCUAUCUAAGGGCUUAAAGAAAAUUCCAUCCUCAAUGUCCUCUACACAGCCAUCAUCAGCAGAAAAAAGACACAGAGAGGCUUCACCAUACUCUCCAUCAACUCCCACUAAGCGUUCACGACAUUUUCAGGAAUCUGACACUGCAUUAGGAAACAAUGAAACUGAUAGUCUAAAAGAUACCAAUAAUUACAAGCAGCAAAACUCAGACUUGAGUGGAAAUAGCACAAUGGAGUCUCAUUCCAGGUCACCGCUCAGAACAAGUCCCAACGAUCGUCAUGAUAACAGUCAUGAUGAACGUGAUCCAGGCUCGAGCAAGGAAAGAAAGAAUAGCCCAAUACGAAGGGCGUCACCAGAUAGCAGUACCACUCAACGAAAACAAAGAUCUCGCUCUCCAGCAGAUCAAUAUUCUCCCAGCAGACCUAGCUCUCCACCAGAUACAACAGAACAAAAACAAUCGCCAGAGCAAGCAAAAGAUAAACCCAAGGACUCCUCCACUUCUCCUAGAAGAAGCUCAACCUCGCGUCGAAGAUCAUCGGAGCGCCGAGACCGGUCACAUAGCCGUUCUAAAAGUCGAUCUAGAUCAAGAUCUAGAAGCAAAUCAGGAAGUCCUAGAAAGGAAACAUACCGUGAUGAAUUUGGGCGUGACCGUGUGCGUGAAACUGACCGUGGACGUCGUGACAGAGAUCGUGACAGGCGUGACAAAGGUCAUGACAGGGAUCGUAAUCGUGAUCGUGGCAGGGAUCGAGAUCGAGAUAGGGACCGUGACAGAGAUCGUGACAUAGACAGAGACCGUGAUAGGGAUCGUGACAGAGACCGAGACCGUGAUAGGGAUCGUGACAGGGACCGUGACAGAGACCGCGACAGAGAUCGUGACAGAGACCGUGACAGAGACCGUGACAGGGAUAGAUAUCGUCGCGGCCGUGACAGUUAUCGGGGGCGUGGCCGCUAUAGAUCGCGUGAUGAUAGGCGAUCACGUGAUAGAAGAUAUUCCCCUGACGAUGACCGUAUUUCAUAUAGAGUUAAAACGCCUGUCGUUAAAGAUCCUGUUGGUCCUACCAAGCAGCCSAGUUCAGAGGAAGUCCAAGCCAAGCUAGCGAUGCAUGCUGAGGCRAUGAGACAGAAGGCUCAGGUACAGGCAGAGGCUAUUAACAUGCCUCAAUACCUAAACCCUUCAGUAGUUAAUCCACAACAGUACGCCGUGCAACAACAGAAGAAGAAACUCUUGUGGAGCAGCAAAAAGACAGAGACGGCUCCAGGACAAUGGGGUACGGGUCAGCACUUCACCAACGAUCAGGGAGGUCAAAUGGAAGCAAAAUUUCGUCGUUUAAUGGGAAUAAAAGGUGAAUCAUCAGAAGCCACCGUGACACAAACCCAAAACAAAGGCGUUGAAGGUGAUAAGCUAUUAAAAGAUUUAGAAGAAGAAUUCGAACGAUCGCGAGCAUUCCAGCUGUCACGUGGUGCUGGCGGUAAGAGUGGUAUUGGUCUAGGUUACUCAGGGCAACAGUUUCAUUGAUGUGGGUUACCUGUGUAAUUUGAAUCGGAAACAGGCUGGUUUAAGGAUUGCCUUUGCAUUAGACUCAUUGGACAACGAACGCACAUGGGCUACCUGUGUCAUUUAAAUAUGUCUUAGCCAUAUUUGCCAAUUGGGCAUUGGUUUCUCGCAUUUCAAAUUUUUACUCGUUGAUUCGCGGUAUCUACGAUGUUGUUAGCAUGUUUUCUGAUAUGUGAUGCAAAGAUGUCUCGAAUGUUAAUUUCUCGUGAAGUUGACUGAAUUAGUGUGGUUUCCAUUGAAGUCUCCCUCACAUUUCCUGUUGGAUUUUACUAAAUCUUUCGUUUGAAUCUUUGCUUUGCAUGAAUGAAUCGGAUCUAUUAAUCAUUGUAAGCAUCCCGGUCAUCUCGAUUCGAUGCAAAGGCAUGACUACCGUUUUUAUAGGUGAAACAAGGGACGACCUACAGGAAGGCUAUUUUGUUUUUGCUCCUGAGUGUCAGGAAAUAAAUAGAUUGGGGCUUGCGCACUAUACUGUCUUAUAUAAGGUCAAGUUCAACCGCACAUCCAUAGAUCUUUUUUGAAAUACGAAAUCAUGUUGCAAUUUGGUCUAGCUUCAGUACAAACAAUACAAUAUUUGGCCGCAGAAACACGAUUUUUGUACAGAAUCUAGACCACAAUGCAAUGCGUUGUGUUAUUUCAGAAAGGCCUUUGAGACCCGUAUUCGAUUUUUAAACUUUUACUGGAGUUAUUUGUGGAACGGAACAAGUGAUUGGACAGAUCGCAAGAGGUUUGAUUUUGGAUUUCUUCGCACAUUUCUCUUCCUCAAAACAUUUCUCGCUUGUCCRUCACAAGAAAACUCAAGAUCUGUUUGGCUGAACAACUGAAGCACUAGCCGCGCGGGGAUUGUUAAAGUAGGGCUAAUGAUUGUGUUCGUGGAUAAGUUCUCUCUUGGUACAAUGUAAAUAUUCGUGCAGCUACCAGUUCUCAUUUGCGUUGAAAUUGUUUUAAACUUUCUAUUCUCCCUGGGUAACCAAUAAUUUGUAACCUCAGCCCAUUAAAAAUAGAAACUAAUUUACUUUUUAAUGUACUUUAAUUACGUUUGUUAAUAAAAAUGUUAUUUGCUUAA